AUGUCGGCCUCUGCUUCUCACGAUCCUGUAGCCAGCGGUCCCUCUACACCCCGUCGUUCCCCUCCCUCAAAAGAUCACCUUGCCCACGACAUCCCUGAUAACGCCUUCCCCCGCUCCUUCCUUGCCUCUGGGGUGCAUUGUGGGAUCAAGAAACGCGGGGGUGCGAACGAUCUGGGAUUGGUGGUGUCUACCGCCGAGCACACGUCUGCAGCAGCUUGCUUCACGAAGAACGUGUUCAAGGCUGCGCCUGUGCUGGUCAGCCAGGAGGUGCUGCUCAAGUUUGGAGGGCGGGCGGCGGCAGUGGUCGUCAAUUCUGGGUGUGCGAAUGCGGUGACGGGCAAGCAGGGCAUGGAGGAUGCCAGGGACAUGGUGAGGACGGUGGAUGCGCUGCGAGAAGCGAGGACUGGGGGGACGGAUACGGCAGACGGUGUUGCUCAGCCCGUAUCAGCCGGUGCUGCACCGAGUAAGACGCUCGUUAUGUCCACUGGCGUCAUCGGCCAAACCCUGCCCAUCACCAACAUCCUCAACGGUAUCGCACUCGCACACGCCAACCUCGGCGCCUCCUUCGCUUCCUGGCAAGGCGCCGCCCAAGCGUUCAUGACAACCGACACGUUCUACAAGCUCCGCGCUCGAACCUUCACUCUCGCCGGCAAGAAGGUUAGGAUCGCUGGCAUAGACAAAGGAGCUGGAAUGAUCCACCCAGACAUGGGACCGCCCUCACCCAGCACCGCUCCUGCCCCGCCCCACGCAACACUCCUGGGGCUCAUCGCGACUGACGCCGCAGUCUCGCCCUCCGCGCUCCAGUCGGCGCUCACCUUCGCCGUCGAACGGAGCUUCAACAGCAUCUCCGUCGACGGUGACAUGAGCACAAACGACACGAUUGUCGCGCUGGCGAACGGAGCGAGCGGGAUGGAGCGGGAUAUCGACGAGCUCGCUGACCCGGAGCUGUACACCCAGUUCCGGGACGAGCUCACCGCCUUUGCCACUGAGCUCGCAAAGCUCGUCGUCCGCGACGGAGAGGGGGCGACCAAGUUCGUCACUGUCUCCGUCGAGGGUGCGAGCUCUUUCUCCGACGCACACACCAUCGCCAGCACCAUCUCAACCAGCUCGCUCGUCAAGACCGCGCUGUAUGGCGAGGACGCUAACUGGGGCCGCAUCCUCGCCGCCGUCGGCGCUGCACCCGUCUCGAACCCACCUGACCCACAAAAGGUCAGCGUCUCCUUCCUCCCAUGCGACGGGAGCACGGAGCUCAAACUGCUCGUCAACGGCGAGCCCGAAAAGGUCGACGAGGUGCGCGCGAAACAGAUCCUCCAGAUGGAGGAUCUGGAGAUUCGCGUGGUGCUGGGUGAGGGUGGGGAGAGCGCACGGUACUAUACGUGCGACCUCAGUCAUGAUUAUGUAACGAUCAAUGGAGAUUAUCGUAGUUAG